AUGCUGCCUUCAUUUGUGGGCCCAUGUGGUCACAUGUUAACGGUACCACUAGGGUGGUGGUAUUGGUCUCUAUAUAAAGCACAUUGUGGUAGAAGAGGUGAAUAUCAAGUUUUAGGUAAUGACGAGAUUGAUCUACAUAAUCAACUAUGGUUUCAAUGUGCUGGCCUCACUGCCAAGGUCCCUUCUGUUGGUGAUAAGGUGUUCUACUUCCCUCAAGGGCACCUUGAGCAGGUUGCGGCAUGCUUACAUGAGCAACUCGGCUUGGAGAUACCCACUUAUGAUCUACCUCCAAGGAUUCUGUGCAAGGUCACAGAUGUUCAGUUAGAGGUGGAAGCUGUAACGGAAGAGGUUUUUGCAAAGAUUACUUUGCUCCCGGAUCUUGAAGAACCUGGGGAAUCAGCUGUUCCAACUAUUCCUGAAAAGGUUAGUUCGAGCACUUUCCGCAAGAUAUUGACUGCGUCUGAUACAAGCACGCAUGGGGGAUGCAGCGUACCGAAGAUACCUGCUGAGAAAACCUUCCCGGCCCUGGACAUGAGUCAGGAGUCACCAUCCCGUGGGUUAGUUGCCAAAGAUUUACAUGGGGCCACAUGGAAUUUUCAACAUGUCUAUCGUGGUACUCCAAAAAGACAUUUACUCACGAGUGGUUGGAGUAACUUCUUGAGUGAGAAGAGGCUUAGAGCAGGAGACACUUGCAUUUUCAUGAGAGGGAUAGGGAGGGAUGAAAUUUUGAUCGGGAUAAAACGAGCUGUUAGACAGCAAAAUCUGUGUACAGGCAUAUUAUGGCCCAACGUGCAACAUGGCAUCCUAUCCAGUGCACGUAUAGCCUUGGACACUGGAACCGAGUUUACUGUGUAUGACCAUCCUCAAUCAUCCGCUCCAACUUUUUUAGUGGGAUAUGAUGAGGUCAUGGAGUCAUUAAAGAUCAAUUAUUUACCGGCAAUGCAUUUUGAAAUGCAACUGGAUAUAGGAGAAGACGACCCCGAGCAGAUCUUGAAAAAAUUUUCAGGGACCAUAACUGGCAAGGAUGAUGUUGAUCCUGAUAGGUGGCUUCAUUCAGAUUGGCGAUGCUUAAGGGUUCAAUGGGAUGCCAGGCAUGCCGCAUUUAGACAUUUGCUUCCUACCCGGGUUUCUCCGUGGAGCAUCAAACUUCUUCUUUUAGCCAUCCAACAUCAGCCACCAUCUGUUUCUGUUCGCCAGAAGAGACCAAUGCCUUUCGAUCCAGACAUUCGUAACAAGCCUAGCUCUUCGCGUCAAGAUGGGACAAAUUCAGCCCAUAAAAUCAAGCUGUUUGGAAAAUGUAUCGGAUAGCAACACGAGUGAAUGUAGCUGCAGAAGCAUGGAACUGUUGUUGGAACUCCAUGUUCAAUUUUGGAGAUGGCAACAGUGUAUGGCUGGUAGCAUUUCGGUGAUAAAUGUGGCAUGGUGAUUUCCCGUCAUUGCAACAUUAAGUUGUGGUACGUUAGAAUUUUCCUUCCUACAAAACAAGAGGUUGCUAUGGUGAACCGUGGUGGCUAGUCAUGUAGCCAGCAAAGAUUGAUGGCUUUGGGCAUCCAGUCCCUUUCAUGUAUUCACCUCUUGUUUAUGGCUUGUUAUAAAAUAUAUUCAUAGCUUGAAGAAUGUUUGUAAUGUAUUCCUCGUAAAAGAAAAAUCCAAUUGUACUA